AUGGUUAACAGAGUAGUACAUUUCCUAGUCAUCUGGCUCACAUAUCAUGUUAUGGUCUCGGAAGUAAGCAGUUUAGCAGUAAUGUCCGUAGAUUUGGGUUCAGAAUGGAUGAAAGUUGGAAUAGUAUCCCCAGGAGUUCCUAUGGAAAUAGCCCUUAAUAAAGAAUCCAAAAGAAAAACUCCUGCAGUGCUAAGCUUUAGAGACAAUACAAGGCUCUUUGGUGAAGAUGCUAUGAAUAUUGGGGUGAGAUUUCCCAAACAGGCUUUCGGUUAUUUGUUAGAUUUGCUAGGGAAAAGAAUUGAUCACCCUUUAGUGAAACAGUAUCAGGAAAGGUUUCCAUAUUAUGAUAUCAUUGAAGAUUCAGAGAGAGGCACAAUUCUUUUCAAAGUAGAUGAGGAAAUUUCUUACAGUCCUGAGGAGUUGAUUGCCCAAAUGUUAGUCAAAGCAAGAGAAUUUGCUGAGAAUGGUGCUCAUCAACCAAUAAAAGAAUGUGUUCUGACAGUUCCAGGAUAUUUCAACCAAGUUGAAAGAAGGGCACUUUUACAAGCUGCUGAGCUAGCAGGGUUGAAAGUAUUGCAAUUAAUAAAUGAUUACACAGCUGUUGCUAUAAAUUAUGGAAUAUUCAGAUCCAAAACAUUCAAUGAAACUGCACAGUAUGUGAUAUUUUAUGACAUGGGAGCCUCAUCCACCACUGCUAUGCUUGUCAGCUAUCAAACAAUAAAAACCAAGGAAAAAGGAUAUGUAGAAACCCUGCCACAAGCUAGUGUUCUAGGUGUAGGCUAUGAUCGUACUCUUGGUGGUUUGGAAAUGCAAAUACGUCUCAGGAAUUACUUGGCCACCAAAUUUAAUGAAAUGAAAAAAACUAAAACAGAUAUAUUUACAAACACCAGAGCAAUGGCAAAGCUCUUCAAGGAAGCUGGUAGACUGAAAACAGUAUUAUCAGCUAAUGCUGAACAUUUUGCUCAAGUUGAAAAUCUCUUGGAUGAACAGGAUUUCAAGGUUCCCAUUAAAAGGGAAGAAAUGGAAAACUUGUGUCAAGACUUAUUUGAGAGAGUUAAAAAUCCUGUGGAACAAGCCCUGAAAACUGCGCAUUUGACUAUAGAUGUUGUCAGUCAGGUGGUACUUGUGGGAGCUGGAACAAGGGUUCCUAAAGUUCAGGAAUAUCUGCAAAAGGCCGUCGGCCGCGAUUUGGCUAAAAAUCUGAACACUGAUGAAGCUGCUGCAAUGGGAGCAGUUUAUAAAGCUGCAGACUUGAGCACAGGUUUCAAAGUGGCAAAAUUCAUAACAAAAGAUGCAGUACUAUUUCCAAUACAAGUCACAUUCAAUCGUGCAACUGAAGAUGGCAUGAAACAAGUCAAAAGGACAUUAUUUGGUUUAAUGAAUCCGUACCCCCAGAAGAAAAUAAUCACUUUCAAUAAGCAUUCCUCAGAUUUUAGUUUUAAUGUCAAUUAUGCUGAGUUGGAUUACCUGCCACUUAAGGAAGUUUCUAAUGUGGGAUCAACUAAUUUAUCAGAGUAUGUCUUGAGUGGUGUUGGGGAUGCUCUGAAGAAGAACUCUGGGGAAAAUAUGGAAUCAAAAGGAAUAAAAGCACAUUUUGCAAUGGAUGACUCAGGGUUACUAAGUUUGCAUAAUGUUGAAUUGGUUGUGGAAAAAACAGUUACUGCUGCAGAAGAAGAAUCAGAGGGUCCAUUAUCCAAAAUAGGAAGCACAAUUACAAAACUAUUCGGCGGGGAGGACGAUAAACUUCCCCUUGAGACAAAUGAAGAAAGCAUAUCUCCAGAGAACCAACAAACUGAUGAGAAGAAACCUAACGAUGAUGGAAAACCUACAGCCAACAGCAACUCUAACGAAACUGCUAAAAAUGCCACAGCCAAAGAAACCAAAAAAGAUCCCAAGCCAAAGAUAAUUACAAUCAAAGAACCGAUAAAAUCACAAGAGAACGUUCUAUCUAUCCAAAGCCUAAACCAAGAAAACUUCGCUAGUUCUUUGAAGAAACUGCAAGACCUCGAGAAGGUUGAAAAAGAGAUCAACCGAAGAGCAACCGCUCUCAACAGCCUAGAAAGCUUUGUGAUUGAUAUCCGGAAUAAGCUUCUAGAAGAGGAGUAUAUCCAGUCAAGCACCCAGGAAGACUUGAACAAAAUUGAAGCAGCUUGCACCGAGAUAUCCGAAUGGUUAUACGAAGAUGGCUCUGAUGCCAAUGCCGACACAUACGAGCAAAAACAUGACGAAUUACAUGCUCUCACCAAAGACCUAUUCUCUAGAGUCUGGGAACACAAGGAAAGACCAGAGGCUUUGAAAGCCCUGCACACUUUACUGAAUCAGUCCUCGCUGUUCUUGGAAAAUGCUAAGAAUGCCACGAAAGCUAACUCGGAAAGAGAUAUAUUCACAGAUGUGGAAGUGGAGACUUUGAGCAAAGUGAUAAUAGACACGACGCAAUGGCGAGACGAUGCAGUCAAAGAGCAAGACAGUACACAAAAACAUGAACCUGUGAAGUUGACAGUCAAAAUGAUUGUGGAUAAAAUGGCAGCUUUGGAUCGGGAAGUCAAGUACUUGGUUAGUAAGGCCAAGUUAUGGAAACCUAAGAAAGUUGAGAAAGUUGUGAAGGAUAAUAGUACAAAAAUUGAAAAUGAGAAUGUCACGAUAACUGAAGAAACAAUUCAAGCUCCCGAGGAAAGUGAAAGUAAUGAAGAUAAGCCUGAGAGUAGUAAUGAACAAGAUGCAGAAAAUCAUUUAGAAUUGUAG